AUGGCACGGUUGGAGGAAGUGCCGGCAAAGGCGGAGCGACAGACGUCAUCCUCCACCGCUUCCACCUCAUCCAAGCCGAAUCGCGUGCCCCAUGGGUCUCACAACCCGCACUUGUCUUCCGUAGCGUCCGCGCAUGCAGACGGGCAGGAGCAUCAUACGGCGGCAGGACCCAAAGCGGUACAAAGGGACUUGAAGAGUCAUAUGCAAGGAUUCGAUGAGAUGCCGCUGUUCAUGAGGCAGGUCAAGGGGGAUGCGCAGGGCGAGGAUGAGAACACUGCGCUGGAAGCGCUCAAGAGUCUCGCCUUUGAUGGGGAGCCGGAUGGUGAGUGACGUGUGUGUGUAUGCGUGUGCGCAUCCUUACGCCUCGCACGCUGCUUCUGAUUACGAAUCUUCUCGCUUGUGCAUGCAGAGAUUGCGCAGAACUUUAAAUCGCAAGGGACAGACUAUUUCAAGGGAAAGAGGUUCAGGGAAGCGGCGGGAUUCUUUACGCAGGCGUUGGACGCGAACCCGACGGAUGCGUCGCUCAAGGAAGCGUGCUUGGGAAAUCGAGCGGCUUGCAACCUCGAGCUUGGUGGGUCAUGCAUCCCCUUCCCGCACGCCGUGCUGUCUGUCACUCACCAGACCAUGCACACCCCCCGUGUAUGCUCCCAGAGAAUUACGGAGCAGUCUUGCGGGACACUUCGGCAAUCCUCUCUCUCAACCCACGCAAUUCCAAAGCUUUUUAUCGCGCUUCCCGCGCGCUGCUCCAACUGGAUCGGACAACCGAAGCUGCAGAUUGCUGCGACCACGCGCUGGCCCUUGGAGUGGAGAGCGAAAAGGCGGGACUGAAUGCUUUGAGGGAAAAGAUUGUGAAGAGGGAUGAAAGCAGAAAGAGAAGGGAGAAUGAGAAGAAGGAGAGGGAGAGGAGGGAAAAGUUGGGCAGGGAAGCGCUUCUGAAGGGUUUCCUGGUGAGUUUCGAAAGGCGUGAGGCGCAAUGUGCUCUCUUUCGCGUCUUGUUUGGCCACAGACGAUGAUGUUGUUGUGAAACUGAUUGUGGGGGGUGUUUGUUCUGCUACAGGCUCGAGGCUUGUGGAUCGAGACAUCCUCUCGGCCGCCCGACAAUCCGCAUCCGGCCCACUUUGAUCUCGAAGCCCUGCCGUCGAGUUGCGCGCCUCUUGUCACAUCCAACGGCGAAGCCAAUACCGCCUACCAGCCACCCGACUUUAUCCGUACGCCCAUCAUCUUCCCCGUCUUUCUGCUCUAUCCGGCAGAAGAGAGGAGCGACUUUAUCUCUGAUUACCAAGAAGAUGUGCCGCUGGGGGAAUAUUUGGAUCGCAUGUUCCCGCCAGGUGGCGAAGCGCUACCAUGGGAUAGCUCGGGCGAGUAUAGGACGGAUAAUUUGAGGGUGUAUGCGAGCACAAAGGCGAAACGGUUGUUCAAGAUUGGAAGAGGGAGAAGUUUGAGAGAGAUGAUUGAUUUGACUGCGAGAGAGCAAGACGCGCAAAAGAAGGUGGAGAGGGACGGGAUGAUCUUGCGCGAUGGCAUCAUCUCCCUCAUCGUCUUGCCUGCUGGUGAAAAGGAAAGCAAAUGGGUGGAGAAAUUCAAAAGGGAAAGGGAUCAUCAGCCUACGGGUGGCGAUUAG